AUGGCGAUGUCAAGCAAAUUGAGCAUCCUUCCGCUGAUCCUCGGGGUAGCCAGUGCUGGAAUCUAUCCAGACAACCACUGGGACUUGGCCACCGAGCUCAGCGCCGACACUGCGGACUCCUUCGUGAAGGAGAACGUGGACGCGGGCAAGACCGUGUUCAUUCGCUGGAUUGCCUCAGCGCCAAGCUGGAACAGUGUUGUUGCUGAGUUUGGGAAGCAUCCUGAUGUGGUCUUCGGAGACGUGGCGCUCUCCAAAAACCAGGUGCGCACCAUCCACGGGGAGUCCCAGAACCCCGGAGCUGGUGGUUGGCCAACAGUGCGCUACUUCAACAAGGAAACAGGCUACGGCGGCAAGUCCUAUCCGAAGAAGACGAGCCAGGCCAUGUGUGAUGAGCUCGGGCCCAAAGAGAGCUAUUUGCGCGAGUGGGUGGAGGAGUUCGCAAGCCUCUGCGAUGCGAACGCCACGGACAAGAAGGGCUGCUCCGACCAGCAGGUCAAAUUCAUUGAGAAGUGGUCCGGAAAGCCGUCGGAGGAGCUGAAGUCGCAGUUGCAGCGGCUGCAGGGCAUGUUGUCCAAGGACGGCUCCUCCAUGAAGGCGGACACCCUGAAGUGGGUGAAGCAGCGGGCCAAGCUCAUCGAACAGCUCUCCCAAAAGACGGAGCUCUAG